AUGGACUCUGAAUACCCCCCAUUGCCAUCCCCGUCUCCAUCUCCAGCAGGACCUCCACGAGGUCCCACGCUGGCAGGCGGUCACUCCUUUGGAAAAGCUACAGCGUCUAAGAACGGCCAUGGAGCUACUCCGGAUGGCUCCAAGACUAUAUAUAAUAAGAUCCUCUCGGACGACGGGGACGUUGUCCUCGAGUAUGUUGACAGGCAAUCUCACUCCUCGAGAGCCCCUGCAGCGCCAGCGCGGUAUCGAUGGCAGGUUUCCAGCGCCAAUCUGAUGCGCAAUAGCCCCUAUUUCUCCGCCCUGCUUGAUCCCAACAAGUUUGCUGAGGGACGGCGAUUUGAGGAAAGCAAAUCCCGACUAAUAACCCAGCCAUCCUCUGGGGUCAGUUCUAGUAAUGAAGCAAAAAGCGAUUCUGCAGAAGUAUCCCCCGCAGACGACCUGCCUGUGGUGAAUCUCAACGUGAGCCGCCUGUCAGGGAAGCAUAGAAUAGACGUUCUUGAACUAUUUCUCAAAGUACUGUGCCUGAACUCCCCGAGUGGUGGUGAGCGCCAGACUAGGCUGGACGAGGAGGUCCGACAUCAGCCCGUGUCGCUCAUCGCCGGCCUGAUCGAUAUAGCGGAUCUCUUCAACUCGCCGCAGAUCGUGCGUGACACGCUCAAGCGAGCAGGGUAUGCCGCCUCGGUGAAAGGAAAGGUGUCUCUCACCACGUUCAGCCCGUCGCUGCUGAAGCUCAGCGAAGAGCGUAUGCGGCAGAUCAUAUAUAUAGCCAUGUUUCUCGAUGAGCAUGUCACCUUUCAGGUCCUCACGCACAGUCUGAUCGUGCUUGGGUCCGCGUCCUGGGUGAAUGGAGUCGGUAGUCCUGACGCCGAGAGCCCACGCUGGUCCUAUCUACCGAAUGGGAUAGAAGAGGAACUGUACUACAGACGACAAUGCGUCCUGAACACCAUCACGGAUAUGCAGGCCCAUUUCCUUCGCCUAUACGGCGCACUGGAAGACGACCCGUCCGAAGGCAGAACGUCGUCUGCACCAAAAUCACGUCUCAUCCAGUGCCGUUGGGGGUUCAGCAACUCCCGGGCCUGCGACUCUUUCCAUCUCGGCGAGAUGACCCGCUUCUUCGCCCUGCGCACGAAGACGAUCUUUCUAGGAUCGACGUUGAUCGAUCCGGGAUUCGAGAAUGAAUUCUCUGGUGGUGAAGAAAAAGAAGAAGACGAUGAUGAUGCCUUUGACUCUAGGAGUCAUGAUAAUAAUAUUACUGAGGCCACAGGCCACGACGACCAGCAGCAGCGGACGUCCGGCGACAACAUCCUAGUCAUAACCGCCUCACUGAGGCAAAUCCCAGACUACCAGAUCGACUCGAAUCACACGGGGUGCGGAAUUCGGCGCCGACUGCUCCCGCUCCUGGACUGCAUUGACCGAUUCACGGGCGGCGGCCGCGGUGUGCUGGGUCUCGCCCUGCGAGCGUGGAAGUUUUCGCCAUUGCCGUCGCCCUCGCCCCAGCCCUCAACCUCAACCACAACUGGGACAGCUAGGAGAAGCAGGGGCAAAAAGAACCCCAAUUCAUGGAUGAACCGAUCUCUGCGCAGGGCCGAGAUGGUCGAGAUCCGCGCUUCCAAGAUUGUCGCCAUCCGCUACGCGAGUAUGUCUUGCACGUUCCCUGGUCCGUCACCUUCACCGUCACCGUCACCGUCGGCGCCGCCGCCACCGGAGGAAGAGGCGAGGUUGUUUUUCACGGCCAAGAAGCGGAAUUGGGAGAGUUGA